AUGUCUGAGUUCGACAAACUGAAGAUGUCAGACCCAGACACAGUGGAUGACUACGCAGGAAAACUUUCAGGCUUAGCAUCGAGAGCAGCCGCGUUAGGAGAGAUAAUGGAAGCAUCAAAGCUGAAUGAUGCACAAGGUUGUGGAAGCCAUAGCAACUCGCGAGGAAGAUGCAGAGGUAUAGGUUAUGGUGGAAGAGGAAGAGGACAAGGAAGGUCUAAUGUUUCUGAUGGUCAUAACAAAGGAGGAGAAGCUUCGGACAAGACCAAGAAGGACUACUCUAAGGUUAGAUGUUGGCGAUGCGACAAGAUGGGGUACUUCGUGUCACAUUGUCCUACACGACCGAGAGAAGAAGCUAACCUAACGGAAAUACAAGAAGCAGAUGCAUUAUAUAUGAAUGAAGUAGUAUUCCUCAAUGAAGAGAGAGUGUUUCCUAAGAGGUUUGAUGAAUGCGAUGGAAAUACGAGUAUAUGGUACCUUGACAAUGGUGCAAGUUCGAUCACGUUCAUCGGAAAAACAGGGGAGAGAAGAGCACUCAAAGAUAUCUACUACAUCACAAGUCUUAAACACAAUAUCAUAAGUCUUGGACAAGCAACCGAGAUGGGUUGUGAGGUUAAUAUGAAAGAAGACUUACUGAUGCUGAAAGAUCCCCGUGGAAGGCUAGUAGUACAAGUCGCAAGGCAACCAAACCGAUUGCACAAAACACCAAUAGAGGUUGAAUAUCCGAAGUGUCUUCAAAUACAAGAAACUGAUGUUACAUGGACAUGGCAUGCACGGCUAGGACAUGUGAACUUUGGAGUCAUGAAGAAUAAGGUAGACAAGGAGAUGGUAGCAGGGAUGCCUUAG